GUAGACAGUUGGAGCAGAACGACUAUCGUGAGGCACAAUGAGUCCCUUCAUCUGCAGUCUGAUCUACGGCCUCUCGGUCUUGUUGGUAGAAGUUUGUGGGACUUAUGAAGUUGACCCUGCUAAAGUAGCGGCGCAAAGUUAUGCGCAAAGAAGGACUGUUGCCCGACCACAAUUCCCACCACUGAGAACUCUAAACCCUGCAGCACAUGGUGUUAACUACGGGUAUAAUGGGUAUCACUAUCACCCCCAUCAACCUCACCACCAUCUGCACUACCACCAGCAGCCUCCAAACCUCCAGCAACCGCCGCCAAACUACAGCCAGACACCCAGGAUGUACACGCCGGUGCUCCUCCAUCGACCCUUUCCCCCUUUCUCGCCACCGGUUGUGCACCGUCGGCCCCAUCCCCUCUCCCCACCCCUGACACACCACCGGCCCUCGGCCCCCACCCCCCCGGCGGUGUACCACUGGUUCAAAGGCCCCGUGCGUCCCGGGGUUCACCACCAAUAUCAAAAGCCAGCGCCCCCUUUUAAGGGUGUGGUGCCUCCAGUGGCUUGCAACAAACUCCCCCUUGUCAUGCCACUGGUGACUGCCAAGCCAACUACAGUUCCCAUAGCACCCGUGACCAAUCCUCCUCCAACACCCACCCCAAUGUUAGAGACAUUUACUCUGCCAGUGGCCACUGUACCGCCGGAGACUAGUCCCCAACCAUCGACCACUCUGGCCCCGGUGACUUCACCAGUGGCGACUCUGCCACCGGUAACUCUUCCGCAAACGACCCUGGUUCCAUCAGAGCUACCGGUCAGUACCCAAAGUGGAACCAUCACAUCCGUCAGUCCUGUGGAGACAGCCACUGACAGUCAGUGCAGGAGCCGCCCGCUAGAUCUGGUCUUCAUCAUCGACAGCUCGCGCAGUGUGCGCCCUAUGGAGUUCGAGAAGGUCAAGAUCUUCCUGGCCGACAUGGUGGACACUCUGGACGUGGGGCCGGACGCCACUCGCGUCGCUGUGGUGAACUAUGCCAGCACAGUCAAGAUUGAGUUCCUGCUGAAGGACCAUCCAGACAAGGUGACCAUGAAGCAGGCCAUCACCCGGAUCGACCCCCUAGCGGCGGGCACCAUGACGGGUCUGGCCAUCAAGAAGGCCAUGGACGAGGCCUUCACCGAGCAGUCGGGCGCACGGCCCGUCUCCAAGGGCAUCUCCAAGGUUGCCAUCAUUGUGACGGACGGGCGCCCUCAGGACCAGGUGGAAGAGGUGUCGGCCGCCGCAAGGGCCUCUGGGAUUGAGAUCUACGCUGUGGGGGUGGACCGGGCCGACAUGCAGUCGCUGCGGCUAAUGGCCAGCCAACCGCUUGAUGACCACGUGUUCUACGUGGAGACCUACGGAGUCAUCGAAAAGCUGACCUCCAAGUUCCGGGAGACCCUGUGUGGUCUGGACCCCUGCACCAUGGGACACGACUGCGAGCAUAUAUGUCUGAACAGCAUCUCCUCCUAUUACUGCCAGUGUCGGGAAGGCUAUUUGUUGAACACGGACAAGAAAACAUGUUCCUUGAAAGAGGUUAAAGUUGAAGUGAUCCAGGACCCCUGCAAAUGUGAGGCUCGCCUGGCCUUCCAGAAACAGACUCAAAAUUCCCUUCAGGACCUUACUGCUCGACUCGCUGAAGUUACCAGGAAGGUGGAACAGCUGGAGAUCGCACUGGGUCAUGUCUAGACACACGAGGCAAGGGUUUACUUGGUCUGCUGAGCAUUCAACUGACCAUCACAUCUUAGGGAUCACUGCCAUCCAGCCAUCCCUGUAUUUACCUCUUGUCUCCGGAAAAGACCUCCUCUGCCCAUGGCUCCCCUCAGAGAGAGCUAGACAAAGACAGAAAGAAAGAAACCAUGUGCAUCCUAUACCUCUUUUUAAUCUGAUAUCAACACUGUAUUCCCUAAUUUGCAACCCGCCUUUUUAGAUUUGGAUCCAUUCGGAUCAGCUGGGGAUAUCAAAGCAUGGAUUAGGCUAUCACCAUUCAGACCCAAUGAAAGGAUGCAGAGACUCCCAAGAAUUUAUAUAUAGAGAAUUCUGUGUCUCACCCCCCUGCCCUCCUGAUUACUACAGAUUUGUUUUAAAAUAGAAAUCUGGAGGAGAAAAAAAAUCUAUGUAUUGUACUUCAGGGUAUAGUAGACAAUUAUUGUUUAAGCUCUAAUUAUGAGCUAUAAUUAUGUCAUUUCAUGACUAGCUAGCCUACCCUUUGUGUCUGUGUAGAGUAGAAUAAAAUUGGACUCUGUAAAAUAUGUAGCCUUUUUUUCCAUUAAAGUAGUCAGUUUGAUUGUUAAACCUUAAGUCUGCACUUGUCAUAUGUAUUAAUUCAGCUUAUUCGAUGUAUCAGAGGAACAAAGUGUUGUUUAUUUAUCAAGUAAUUAUUACUGAGUAAAGUGUUGUUUCAUUUGUUCGCUUUAGAGGAAAUCAUCAUUUUGGUUAGCUUUGAUUUUGGUCUGGUUUAUGAAACUGAAUUGACCUAAACUCUGACAGAAAGAGAUACAAUACUGUAGUAAUGUUAAAGUGAGUGGAAUAUAUAUCAAAGAUACAUUAUACCUGCUCCUUGACCUUUAUACAUAAAAAUGGAAAAACGUGAA